AUGGGGAGCAUUGGUAAUGAUUGUAACGGGGUCACGGCUGGCUGGGCAAAUGAGCCCAUUGCCAUUAUUGGCAUGAGUGCAAAGUUCUCAGGAGACGCAACAAACACAGAGAAGUUCUGGCGUAUGUUGGUCGAGGGAAGAAGUGGCUGGACACCCUUUCCAUCUUCCAGAUUCAAUGCGAAAGGAGUGUAUCAUCCGAACAAUGAGAGACUGAACAGUACGCACGUCACGGGCGCACAUUUCUUGGAGGAGGAUGUCGGAUUGUUCGAUGCGGCCUUCUUUGGCUACUCGAGUGAGACUGCAGCGUCUCUUGAUCCCCAAUAUCGACUGCAGCUGGAAUCCGUCUAUGAGGCCUUGGAGAAUGCUGGCCUUCCAUUGGCCCAGAUCGCCGGUUCGAACACAUCCGUGUUUACAGGAGUCUUUGUGCAUGACUACAGGGACAGCUUACUCCGAGACGCCGACAAUCUGCCCAGGUUGAUGGCAACAGGGACCGGCGUGCCCAUGAUGUCGAAUCGUAUCUCACAUUUCUUUGAUUUUCGGGGAGCGAGCAUGACAAUAGAAACGGCCUGCUCCUCGAGCAUGGUGGCCAUGCAUCAAGCCAUCCAAAGCUUGAGAACGGGGGAGGCCGAUAUGUCCAUCGUGGGCGGUGCCAACCUAACCCUCAACCCUGACAUGUUUAAGGCCUUGGGAUCGGCAGGGUUUCUAUCUGCAGACGGAAAGUCGUAUGCCUUCGACUCGCGCGCAAGUGGAUACGGACGUGGCGAGGGCGUAGGAACCCUCGUAAUCAAGCGCUUGAAAGACGCCCUGGCUUCUGGCGACCCCAUCCGGGCUGUAAUUCGCGAAUCAUUUCUCAACCAAGACGGCAAGACGGAAACCAUCACCACUCCGAGUUUGGAGGCCCAGGAAGCCUUGAUCUGGGCUUGCUACCGGAAAGCAGGACUAGAUCCACGAGAUACGCAGUACUUUGAGGCACAUGGUACAGGCACCCAGGCGGGAGAUACCGUCGAGCCACGGGCCAUUGCAACCAUCUUUGCGUCAUCUGACCGUGAGCCACUGCUUAUCGGAUCUGUCAAGACAAACAUCGGCCACACAGAGGCAGCAAGCGGGCUGGGAAGCAUCAUCAAGACUGCCCUGGCCAUGGAAAAGGGGAUCAUCCCGCCCUCCAUCAACUUUGAGAAGCCCAACCCGAAGAUAGCUCUGGAGGACUGGAAUCUCAGACUGGUCCGGGAGUUGGAAAAAUGGCCGGCGGCCGCAAUUCGCCGCGCCUCUAUAAACAAUUUCGGGUACGGAGGGGCCAACGCACAUAUCAUUAUGGAAGAUGGCGCCUCAUGGAUUCCAGCCUUUGCCGGCAGAAACGCAUAUUCGAACGGCCACUCGAAUGGACAUGGUAUAUAUCGGAAGCAUGUCCAGCUGGAUGGACAUGCCCGGAUUAGCCAUGAUAACUCCAAGGUUUUCGUGCUGAGUGGGAAAGACGAACAGGCGUGUCAGAGGAUGAUCUCCAAUCUGAAGGAUUAUCUCGAACAGCAAAAGUUGACGCAGCCAAAUCCCGGAGAAUUACUUGAAAGCCUUGCAUAUACCCUAGGCCAACGGCGGACCCGGUUCCCAUGGGUGGCCGCGCACCCGGUUCCUGUCACGGAGGGCAUCGAUACAGUCAUCCAGGCCCUUGACUCACCUAAAUUCAAACCUAUCCGCAGCUCGCGUGCGCCUAGAAUCGGCAUGGUGUUUACGGGCCAGGGAGCACAAUGGUAUGCUAUGGGUAGAGAGCUCGUGAAUGCCUAUCCCGUCUACAAAGAAUCCCUCGAAGAGGCCGAAGGAUACCUCAAGGAUUUCGGUGCAGAAUGGUCCUUGAUGGAGGAGCUAUCGCGUGAUGCCGAGAGCUCUCGAAUUAACGAGGUCGCUCUGAGUACUCCAAUCUGUGUCGCAGUGCAGAUCUCGCUUGUACGUCUACUUCGGGCUUGGGGGGUUGUGCCCAUGGCUGUGACCAGCCAUUCGAGUGGGGAGAUUGCCGCGGCUUACACUGUCGGAGCACUGAGCUACCAGGCGGCUAUGGCUUUCUCAUAUUACCGCGCUGUGCUGGCUGCGGACAAGAGACUUCGAGGGCCGGUCAAGGGUGGCAUGGUUGCCGUUGGGCUCGGACUGGAGGAUACUGAAUCCUACCUGAAGCGGCUGACGUCGGGGGGCCAGGCUGUGGUGGCGUGCAUCAACAGCCCAUCCAGUAUCACGGUUGCUGGAGACCUAUCUGCUGUGAAAGAGCUCGAAGACUUGGCCGUCGCAGAUGGUGUCUUUGCUCGCCGCCUCAAGGUGGACGUCGCUUGGCACUCCUAUCACAUGGCCCCCAUUGCCAAUGUUUAUGUCAAGGCACUGGAAGAGUUGCAGUCCACCGACAUUGACAAUGCUCUUAAAACGAUCACUUUCUCCUCACCAGUGACCGGGGGCCGCAUGAUUGAUGCCAAGGAGAUCGCGUCUCCAGAGCACUGGGUGCAGAGCUUGUUACAGCCUGUCCAGUUCGUCGACGCGUUCAUCGAUAUGAUUGUGGGGGAGUCGGGGACGUCUGCCUCCAACGUGGAUGUCGUAGUUGAGGUUGGUCCGCAUACAGCUUUGGGGGGUCCUAUUCAGGAGAUCCUCGCGCUUCCCGAGUUCAAGGACCUGCGGAUCCCGUACUACGGCUGCCUUGUGCGCAAAACAGAUGCGCGACAGAGCAUGCAGGCUCUUGCCGCCAGCCUGCUGCAAGAAGGAUAUCCUGUGGACAUGGAAGCCGUCAACUUUCCCCAUGGCAGAGAGCAACACGUAAAGGUGCUGACGGAGUUGCCAUCGUAUCCCUGGAACCACCAGGUCAAGCAUUGGGUCGAGCCAAGGUUCAACCGGGCCCUUCGCGAACGGUCACAUCCGCCCCAUGAUCUCCUGGGCUCGCUUGUCGAGGGCUCAAAUCCAGAGACACCCUCGUGGCGACACAUCCUUCGUAUCUCCGAGUCACCGUGGACCAGGGACCAUGUCAUUCAAUCCAACGUUGUAUAUCCAGCCGCCGGGUACAUCUGCCUGGCCAUCGAGGCGAUUAGGCAGCUCACAACAAUAGACCAGAAGACCGGUGCCAAGGAAAUAUCCGGCUAUCGGCUACGAGACGUCGACUUCUUGCAGGCCCUCAUGAUACCCGACAACGCAGAGGGCAUUGAGAUCCAAACGACGAUUCGCCCCGUGAGCGAGAAAGACGUCAGUGCACAGGGAUGGAAACAUUUCGAGGUCUGGACCGUCACGGCGGACAAUCGAUGGACCCAACACGCCAAAGGCUUGAUAUCUAUCGAGUUUGAAUUCCCCUCCCUGGAGGCUCUCAAGCCAACUACGCGCGACUUCGACAUCAAAGGCUACACAAGACGCAUUAUCCCGGCCGACCUGUUCGCCAACCUAAGGGCUCUUGGCAUCGCUCAUGGCCCGAUGUUCCAGAACAUGAAGGGCAUAGUCCAGUCGGGCUCGGAAAUGCGCAGCAUGGUUACCAUGACCGUGGCGGACACGACGGUGCCGAAUGAUCUUCCCCGUGACCCCGUCCUGCACCCUGUCACAUUGGACUCGAUCAUCACGGCUCCAUACUCGGCUGUUCCCGGAGCUGCUGCCCGUGAGACCGCCGCCAAGGUCCCCCGAUCUGUUACGAAUUUCUGGGUAUCCAGUAAGAUCAGUCAUACGGCGGGGUAUGUUUUCAAGACUCACUCUUCGCUCAUCCGAGACGAUCGUCAAGGAAUGGAGGCCGACGUGUCAGUUGUCGAUCCCGGCGACGGAAACGUCGUGCUGGAAAUGAAAGGCUUCUCAUACCAGUCUUUGGGACGCAGUGUAUCACUUCAACAGUCUGCGCCAUGGGAGACAGAGCUGUGCAGCAAAAUGGACUGGUCACUUGAUAUUUCCUUUGCGUCGCCGGCCACUUUUGCCUCUAUUGAGAAGCAACUGAGCUGCAACAUUGACCCGUCCGAGGACAGUUUCAGAGUGGACGUCUGGCGAGUGUGCGUUUACUUCAUGCAGCAGGCUCUACUUGCAUUGGAUCCUCGCGAUACGGAAUGCAUGGGAUCUCACUACGCCAAGUAUUAUGCAUGGAUGAACGACACUGUCCAGCGGGCCGCCUCAGGGCAAAUUUGUAUCGGUAGUGCCGAGUGGCUUGUGGAUGAAGAGCCGGAAAAACAACGUCGGAUUGACCAGGUGGCCAAGGCCAGCGUGGGUGGCGAGAUGGUAUGCCGCCUGGGUGCUCAACUGGUGCCUAUACUGCGAGGGCAGACUGCACCACUCGAACUCAUGGCCGAGGACAAUCUGUUGCCCAAGCUCUACACCGAGACGCCCAAGGUGAAGCGAAUGGGGUCGCAGCUCGCCGGGCUGCUACGCCACCUUGCACACAAGAAUCCCCGUGCCCGCAUCCUGGAGAUCGGCGCAGGAACAGGCGCCAUGACGCGAUAUGCCCUUGAAGCCCUUGGUACCACCACGUCGGGCGGUCCACACGCUUCCUUGUAUCACUAUACCGACAUCUCAGCGGCCUUCUUUGAGGCGGCUCGAGAAAGCCUAUCGGCCUGGAGCGACCUGCUGUCCUUUGACGUGCUCGACAUUGACCAGGAUCCAGCCGCGCAGGGUUUCACGAACGGCCCUUACGAUAUUGUUAUCGCCUCGCGCGUCCUGCAUACUACCAAAUCUAUCUCCCGCACGCUGAACAACGUUCGGAGCCUCCUCAAGCCAAACGGGACUCUCUUGCUGAUGGAGGAUGUGCAGUGUCACAUCGACGCCCAGUUUGUGAGCGGGCUGCUUCCUAAUUGGUGGCUUGGCGAAGAGCCUGAGAGAGAGGCCAACCCGGUGCUGAGCGCACCCAUGUGGGAUCGCUAUCUCCGGGCCGCUGGCUUCGCCGUGGAUCUCAAGCUGCCCGACUGCGAAAGCACCGAAAGCCAGACUGCGAUUACUAUCAUGGCGACAGUACCAAUGUCAUUGCCCCCGAAGCUGAGCGUCGGUCCGGAGAAGCUGGUCAUUGUCACAAGUCGUAGAGCUGGGUCUCCUCCCUCCGGAUGGCUGCAGAGCCUCCAGGAUUCCAUCGCCGCAUGCACCGAAGGAGAAGACAGGAAGUUGCCGGUUGUACAAGAGCUUGAGUCUGCCUCUGCCACCUCAACAUGGUUCGCUGACAAGAUUUGUAUCUUCAUUGGCGAGGUGGACGAGCCCAUCCUCUACGACCUCGAUUCAGCGUCUCUGGAGGGUAUUCGGGCGAUGAGCACGAGCUGUAAGGGGCUCAUCUGGGUGACGCGAGGGGGCGCCGUGGAUUGCGAAAGUCCCGAACUCAGUCUUGCGGCUGGGUUUGUUCGCUCGCUGCGCAGCGAGUACGUUGGUCGAAAAUUGUUGACGUUGGACCUAGACCCCAAAGGGCCCCUGUGGUCUGACGCCGGUGCAUCUGCCAUUGUGCAAAUCCUACGCACAGCUUUUGGCAACUCCGAGGACGGCCCUGGGGCAGAGAAAGGCCCAACCGAGUUUGAGUACGCCGAGCGAGAUGGCGUGAUCUUAGUUCCACGACUGUACCAUGAUGUGGCGAGGGAUCAGAUGCUUUCUCCAAACGCUUCAGACUUGGAUGCCAAGCAAACCGUUGUUAUGGAGCCCUUCUACCAGCCAGAUCGCCCCCUUUGUUUGCAGCCAGAAUCACUAGCCUUUGGUGACGAUGACAAGGCCUACUAUGACUCUCUUCAGCCCAGCCUGAUAGAGGUGGAGCCCAGGGCGUACGGUACCGACUUGCGCCAUACGGACGAGCAUAUCAUAGGCCUCGAGUGUGCGGGAAUCGUCACUCGAGUGGGGAGCGAGGCAGCUGCUCAGGGCUACGUAGUCGGCGAUCGUGUUGUCUGCCUUUUGAGCCAGUCGUCUUUCCCAAGCCGAGCUACAGUCGGGUGGAGGUCAACAGUACGCAUGCCGACAGAGCUCACCUUCGAGGAGGCAGCAUCGCUCCCAGUAGCUUUCCUCACGGCGUACUUCUCUCUCAUCGCGGUCGCAAGGCUGCAACGCACCCAGUCGGUCUUAAUCCAUGCCGCGGCUGGCAGCGUUGGGCAGGCUGCCAUCAUGGUUGCGCAACACCUCGGGGCGGAAAUAUUCGCCACUGUUGGCAGCCCUGAAGAGCGAGAGCUCAUCAUGCGAAGGCACGGCAUACCAGCGGACCACAUCUUCAACAGCCAUGACACAUCCUUCGGGCCUGCUACCCUCGCUGCCACCAACGGCUACGGGGUUGACGUGGUCCUAAACUCGCUGGCGGGUCCCCUUUUGCAGGAAAGCUUCAACCUAGUCGCACCCCUGGGGCACUUUGUCGAGAUUGGCAAGCACGAUUCGGAGAGAAACAGCAAUCUCGAGAUGCGACCCUUUUCCCGCUCUGUUUCCUUCUCGGCCAUCGACCUUCCGAGUCUCUUAGAGCGCCGAGGUGCUGACGUGCAUCGCUAUCUGGGAGAGGUUAUGCGCCUUGUUGAGGCCAAUGCCGUCGCGCCUGUGCAUCCUAUCACUGCUUAUUCCAUGGGGGACAUUGCCGAAGCGUCUCGUCUGCUGCAGACCGGGCACCAUAUGGGCAAGGUCGUCUUGUCGGUCGGUUCGCAUGAAAUGGUACCAGUACUCCCACGCGCGGUGGCUGCGAAGCUCUCUCCCGACGCGUCGUAUUUGAUUGUAGGCGGAACCGGCGGGUUAGGGCAGUCUGUGGCGCACUGGAUGAUAUCACGCGGAGCUCGGAACCUUGUCCUUCUGUCGCGUAGCGCAGCAAAGAGCGAGAAGACGGCAGCAUUGGCCGAGGAGCUCCGCGAGGCGGGAUGUAGUCGCGUCUUGCCUGUCAGCUGCGAUGUCGCCAACGAGGACGACGUGGCCAGAGCGAUCCAGGUGUGUGCGCAAGAGGGAUUGCCGCCCAUUCGGGGCGUCAUUCACGCUGCCUUCGUUCUCCAUGACUCUUUCGUCGAGAAGAUGACCCUCGACGACUACAGGUACACCACACAGAGCAAAGUCGCAGGGUGCUGGAACCUGCACAAUCAAUUCAACCUGCCCGGCGAUCUCGACUUUUUCGUCCUGUUCUCGUCAAUCAACGGAAUCCUCGGCUACGCCAGCCAAGCAGCGUACUCAGCAGCCGGCGCGUACGAAGACGCCCUAGCCCACUGGCGCGUCAAGCACUGCGGCCUUCCCGGUGUCUCCAUCGACCUCUCAGUCGUCAACGCCGUCGGCUACGUCGCCGAGGCGAACGCAUCCGAGACCCUACGCAAGUCCCUCCUCAAGGCGGGACGCAGGGUCAUCGACGAAGACCACGUGCUCGCCUCGCUCGAGUCGGCCAUUUUGUCGCCGUACGACCCCCAGUUUGUCGUGGGUGGCAUUAACUCGGGCCCUGGCCCGCACUGGGAGCUUGACGGUGACCUCGGCCGCGACAUGCGCGUGCUCCCGCUCAGGUACCGACAGCCUUCCGCAGCCGCGCAGGAGGAACAAGGGCAGCAAAAUGGUAGCGACCCUCUGGCUGCCAGGAUGGCCGUGUGUGCAUCGCGCGACGAGGCUAUUCGCGCGGUCGGGUCCGCCUUGGCCGAGAUGCUGGCUGAUAUGUUCCUGGUCCCCGUCGAGGAUAUUGACCUGAGUGAGUCUCCCUCGCAGCAGGGAGUUGACUCCCUCGUGGCGGUUGAGGUGCGCAAUAUGCUCUUCAGCCAGGCCGGUGCCGAGCUGUCUAUUUUCAAUAUUAUGCAGAGUCCUAGUCUGGCCAUGCUCGCGGCCGAUGUGGUGGAUCGUAGUAAGCAUGUGAAAUUUGCUGCGGCGUCAUGA